CUUUGCCGAAAUAGGAACUACAGGUCAUAGGUGUCGAGAGUUCAUCCUCCCUACGAAUGCUGUUUGUCUGAAACCAGUAACAUGACUUUCGAUAGGUUAUAUGUUGCCUACAGCUCAGGACGCUGCCAUGGCCGAGAGGGUCCACCGUACCAAAGGACACACGAUUUCCAAACAAACUAUCGUUUUUGAAGGUGAUGGCAGCCUCCAGAUGAUUGUUCAGGAAGUUAGCACCAUCAUCAGGCACAAACUAGACACCACGUAGUCUUGAUCAACACUGGGAGAUACACGAUUGAACGUAUGAUCCACGGAAAGGAUGCGUCUUAUAAUGAUGUAGUAAAUUGGAAAUACUUGUCAGCUGGGUAUUUUUUUUUUUGGUGCAGAUAACAAAGCUUCGGGCAAAGUU